CAGGCCUCUGCUGGCAUGGGCUCUAAGUGCUGGACACUGACCACAGCGGGCAGCCGAAGGGUCAGGCAAGCCUUGGAGAAGACAUGCAGGGCAAACAGCCCGAGGGGCAGCAGGUGGAGGAGGGGGAUGCUGAGAACGGAGCGGAGGAGGACCUGGGGGGCCUCACGGCAGAGGAGCUGCGGCAGGGCCAGGAGGCGGCACUGGCCCUGGAGGACAUGCUGGCCCUGAGCGCCCAGACCCUGGUCCAGGCCGAGGUGGACGAGCUCUACCAGCAAGUGCGUCCCCUGGGCCAGGGCCGCUUUGGCCGGGUCCUGCUAGUCACCCACCGUCAGAAAGGCACACCCCUGGCGCUGAAGCAGCUCCCGAAGGCCUCCACUUCCCUCCGCGGCUUCCUGUACGAGUUCUGUGUGGGCCUCUCGCUGGGCACGCACCCGGCUGUGGUGGCGGCCUACGGCAUCGCCAUCGAGUCCGCUGACUCCUACAGCUUCCUGACGGAGCCCGUCCUGCAUGGGGACCUCAUCACCCUCAUCCAGCCCAAGGUGGGCCUCCCGCAUCCUGCAGUCCAGCGCUGCGCGGCCCAGCUGGCCUCCGCCCUGGAGUACGUUCACUCCCAUGGCCUGGUGUACCGCGACAUCAAGCCUGAGAACGUGCUGGUGUGUGACCCAGACUGCCGGCGCGUGAAGCUUGCGGACUUCGGCCACACGCGGCCCCGAGGGACCCUGCUGCGCCUGACUGGACCGCCCAUCCCCUACACGGCCCCCGAGCUCUGCGCGCCCCCACCCCUCCCCGAGGGCCUGCCCAUCCAGCCUGCCCUGGACGCUUGGGCGUUGGGGGUGCUGCUGUUCUGCCUUCUCACCGGCUACUUCCCCUGGGACCAGCCCGUGGCCGAGGCCGACCCCUUCUACGAGGACUUCCUCAUCUGGCAGGCCUCCUGCCGGCCGGAGGACCGGCCCCAGCCCUGGGUCGGCCUGACGCCUGUGGCCGACGCCCUCCUGUGGGGGCUGCUGGACCCCCACCCCCGCAAGAGGAGCUCUGUGAGCUCCAUCGAGGGCUACCUGGGACGACCCUGGAGGCAGCGGGAGGGGGAGGCUGAGGAGAUGGAAGACCAGGUCGGGAAGGAUGGGGAAUGAGAAGGGCCGGGGUGGCUGGGGCCCACACUUGCCGGGGAGGCUUGGAAGGGAAACCGGAUCCCACGUCCUGAGGUGUCCUGGGAGGUCAUGUGGUGGCCUUCUCUCCUGCCUGGUUUUGUCUCUGUCUGCUUGCUUUCCCCUUUCCCUCCUCCCCACCUCCCUGCCUGGGCCUGCGGAGUCUCUGAGGCCCCUACCUGUCCACGCCCACCUGUCUCCAUCAGCCCCAGGGCCUUUGUACUUGCUUCCAUCCUUUACCUGUUGUGCCUGGGGCUCACGCUCUCACCACUUGCAAACCUGAAAUGCUUGUCCCUUCAUUCUCCUGGGGCCACACCCCUCACCGCAGGCCACUCCCCCAACUCAGUGCACCCACCAAAUCUCCUCUGUGAUACCCAGUCCCCUCACACUGCAGCAUGUCCUCGUGAGGUUAGCCUGUGUCCUGUGGAGCCUGAGCUCCUGGGCAGCGGGGAGCCCAGCCUGUCCUUUCCUCUGAUGUGACUCACGCACCCUGGGCUGUCCUGGCCAUGGUGGGCAAGCAGCGAAGGCUUGUUGGAUAAACAGACCCCGGUGGCUUUGCAGCACCCCGUCCUCCCUCACCUGUCUCCUCUCCCCAGGCCUCCCUCGCUCCCCAGCACGUCCCCCUCCUCCCACAGGCUGGGCAACGCCCUCUCGACAAGCUAUUUUAUUCUCUCAGCCCAGCCACUGCCUGCAAAUAAAGUCCACCUUGCACUCA